AUGACUCGAUCAUCAACAACGGAGCGCAGCGGAGAUGCGAUAGACGCCCCUGGAGAAUUUCCAGACAGUGACGAAGAAGGCGAAGAUGACGAAGAGACGGAGCUCGAACACGCAGCUAGAGCUGGAAUUCGCCUUCUCGAAGAGAACGCACAGCUGCAUGAGGAGCUGCAUCAGCUACAAGAGCAAUGUGCACAAGUUGAGAGUGAGAAGGAAGAACUACUUCGACUCGUAGCCGAGAAGGAGCAGCAGAAAACACAACUGUCCGAGCAUCUGCGCGAGUGCAUUCGAGAGAAUCAGGGAGUAUUAUCCGAGCUUAGCAAUGUUAAAGAGCAGAUAGACGAGUUGAAAACGCAGCUCCAAGCUCAAACACAAGCUCAGACCAACCGCCGAUCACCUGGAAAGAGACGCAACAAGCGCUUGUCUCCACGUCUCAAACUGCAGCUAGAAUUGGGCCCGUCGUUGGGAAGUUUCCCCUCCGCAGAUGAGCCUCCUUCGUCGGAGGAACCUUCACCCGCGCACAGCGGUGGUAGUCCAGACAAGCAGGAAUUCAUUCCGGCUGUAAGAAGAAAUUCCAUGCCUACCGUACUAGAAAGUGACUCUGAAGUCGAGACCAAAUUUGAGGAGGUACACCGUCGUAAUAGUGUACUAGGAAGGGAGCUUGCGAGUGCUCACAAGCAAAUCGGAGAGCUCAAGCCGCUCCAGCUUCAACUACGUGAGACUGACUUUGAAGUGCAGCUACUUCGUGCAAAAGUGGAAGAACAAGCCCGUGAAAUUGCCUCUUCAGCCGAAGAACGAGAAGAGGAGCGCGAACUGAUCGCAAGUUUGCGCCAUACAAUUGAAAUCUACGAAACUUUAGACGAUCCGUGCGCCAGAAAGCUAGACGAGAUGCGAUCAGUGACUACCAGAGGAGACGACGAUAUACCCGUAUCACCACGCAACUCGCCUCGCCGACUGGGAGACAGGAGUUGGAGACGAGUAGAUGCCUCCACAGCCCCUUUACCGCCUCAAAUAAUACCAGUUGACAGCUCAUAUCCGGCUUUGGAGGAACGCUUCAGUCUUCGCGACGAGAACGACCGCCUGGUCGCUGAGCUGGAUCAUCUCGGUCAACAAGUGCUAAAUCUCAAGCUCUUGGAAGGGAUAUCAAGAACAGUUCGCUCUCCUAAAAAGCCUCCGCAGGUGGGCUAUGGAACCAGCUCACGACUGAGAUUUCUGGAGCAACAAGCGUCCGUGUUGCAAGAUCUACUUCUGCGAUUUCGAGCUCAGUGGAAAUACGAGUAUGAAACACGACGCGCUGUCGAGAGCGACAAAGCAGACUUGCUUCAGCGCAUGGAAAAGAUGCAGACACUUCUGAGACGUCAGUGA